CCGCACGUGCUCGAUGCCCCCGCAGUGCCCGCAGCGCUCCGCACGGACGGACGGCGGCCGCGGCGCUGGCAGGGGCAGAAGAGCCGCCCCAGAGCUGCCCUGAGCGGAGAUGUCAGGAGCCGAGGUUGGGCUCCCGGGACCGUUCCCCGAGGCCGCGGUCGGGCCGUGCCCCAUCUCGGACUCGGACUCGGACUCGGAGGACGUGGCUGCGGGCGGCGCGGGCGCCGGGGCCGGGCUGCAGCCGCCGUCCCAGGUCAUCCACAGCGGCCACUUCAUGGUGUCGUCCCCGCACAGCGACUCGCGGCCGCGCCGGCGCCACCGCCGAGCCCAGCCGCAGCUGCCCGACCCCCGCAGCUUCGACCCCAGCCUCAGCCGCCUGUUCGAGUGCAUGAGCCUGGAGUACAGUGGGAAACUGGUGUCUCCAAAGUGGAAGAAUUUCAAGGGGCUGCGGUUGCUUUGCCGGGAUAAGAUUCGACUCAACAACGCGAUCUGGAGAGCCUGGUACAUCCAGUAUGUGGAGCGGAGGAAGAACCCUGUGUGCAACUUCAUCACCCCCCUGGAGGGGUCAGAGGCUGAUGAACACCGAAAACCAGAGGCUGUUGUGCUGGAGGGCAACUACUGGAAGCGCCACAUCGAGGUGGUGAUGAGGGAAUACCACAAAUGGAGGAUCUACUACAAGAAGCGGCUCCGAAAGUCCACCCGGGAGGGAGAGCUCUCCAGUCCAAAGCGGGAUGAGGAUGACUGGAGGCAGAUGGAGAAAUGGUGCAACCAGCUCUUCUGCAAUGUGGUGCCCAUGCUGCUUGGGGAUGAGGAAGAGGAGCUGGGGGCUAGGCAGCACUUCGACUUGGACACCUUCCUCUCAGACAUCUCUGACACCCUCUUCACCAUGACACAGACACCCAGCGCCCACCAGACACUCCCUGAGGAUGCGUAUGUUGGGAACGCUGACAUGAUCCAGCCGGACCUGGCACCCCUGCAGCCCAGCCUGGAGGAGAUGGACAUCUCAGAUAUCUUCCCCGGGCACCGGCCGCUGCCGCCGCAGACGCAGCCGGGCUUCCAGGAGCCGCCCUGCUUCGUGCCCGCGGCCGAGCCGCUGUUCGCUGGCGGGGGGCCGGCGCUGGGUGCCCGGGAGCCCCCCGCCAGCCCCGCGGCCCCGCUGCUGCCCGGCUCCCUGCUGCAGGUGAGCGGGGUCCCGGCCCGCCCGCGGCCGCCGCCGCCCCGGCCGCCCGGCCUCACCCUGCCGUGUCUCCCGCAGCCCGGCGACGGCUCCCAGCUGCUCCACGGCGCCUUCCUGGGCCCCGAGCUGCCCGCGGGCCCCCUGCCCCCCGAGCCCCCCGCCGCGGCCGCCGGCGCCCUCAGCCCCCCGCUGCAGCACAAGCCGCUGCUGCAGUACGGGCUCCCCGGCAAGUUCCUGUGCCUGGAGCCGCCGGCACCGCGCUAUCCCCCGCUGGGCCCGGCCCCGGGGGCGCCGCUGCUCGGCCCGGAGCCCCCGUUCACCUCCUCCCGCGCCAAGUUUCCCUUCCCCGGCUCGCCCAGCCCCUCGCUCUUCGCCCACCCGGCCUCUCCCCUCUCAGCACCCCGCUUUGCCCACCAAGCCCCGGGGCUGGGCUAUGCCGCAGGCGUGGUACCGCUGGGGUACCCCAGCCCCGCUGCCCCCCAGCUCCUGCCCCCUGCCCUGCUGGGGCUGCCCCAGGGUGGGCACGGGCAGCUGAAGGCAAAGCAGGGAGGUGCCAAGGCGAAGAGGCUGCCGGGACCCCCACCGCCGACCCACCUGGAUGUGCCCAACCCCUGCCUGAGCCAGCUGCUGACCACAGCCAAGCAGGAGCCGGCCCCGGAUGCCCCGCUGAGCACAGGCCUCGUGCCCAUGUCCCCCGUCUCCCCGCAGAGUGCUGUCCCCGAAGUCCCUGCCACCUUCCUCAACAGGAUGGCCCAGCUGAGCCCAGGGCUGGCUCCUGGCUCCAGCCCUUCCCCCGCGGUGCCGGUGCCGGAGCCACUGCUUGUCCCCAAGGCGGAGCGGCUGUCCCCCACCUCAGUCUGUGGCAGUGACUGGACCAAGCCUGGUCAGGUUUCGCCAGGAUCCACCAUGGGCCUGGGCUCGGGCAUCACCCUGCAUCACCUCGUGUCCCGAAGGGGCCGGCCUGAGUCCAGCAAGAUGGAGAGCCGCCGCAUGACGCACAUCUCGGCCGAGCAGAAGAGACGCUUCAACAUCAAGCUGGGCUUCGACACGCUGCACAGCCUGGUGAGCACGCUGAGCGCCCAGCCCAGCAUCAAGGUCAGCAAGGCCACCACACUGCAGAAGACAGCCGAGUACAUCUGCAAGCUGCAGCAGGAGCGGGCAGCACUGCAGGACGAGGCGCAGCGCCUGCGCGAGCAGAUCGAGGAGCUCAACGGCUCCAUCAACCUGUGCCAGGAGCAGCUGCCAGCCACCGGCGUGCCCAUCACGCGCCAGCGCUUCGACCAGAUGCGCAGCAUGUUCGACGAGUACGUGCGCUCCUCCACGCUGCACAACUGGAAGUUCUGGAUCUUCAGCAUCAUCAUCCGGCCCCUCUUUGAGUCUUUCAAUGGCAUGGUGUCCACAGCCAGCAUGGAGAGCCUCACCCAGACAUCCCUGGCCUGGCUGGAACAGCACUGCUCCCUCCCAGCGCUUCGGCCGACCGUCCUGAGCUCCCUCCGGCAGCUGAGCAUUUCCACCUCCAUCCUGAGCGACCCGGCCUGCAUCCCCGAGCAGGCCACGCGGGCAGUGGCGGGCAUGGGCCGCUGCCCAGGCACCGGCUCCUCUUAGCUCCCCCAGAGGGGCUGUCACAGCCUUGUCAGGACCCUUGGUGCUGCUGGACGAGCUCCCACCGACACCAGCGAGGAGGCCACCACGGCCAGGCUGCUCUGGGAGAGCCACAAUCUCAGGGAGAGCCACCAGCUCAGGGAGACCCUGCCCACACAGCGGCUGGGGCUGCAGCCACCCCCCCUGGCCCUGCCCCCCUGGCCCUGCCAGACCUCAGGAGCCCUGUCCCCCAUGGGCCAGGAGGCCUGGGCACAGGGAACUGCUGGGCAGGGGUACUCAGCCACGUUGCCUGAUAA